AGGGGGCCGGAUGGGGGAGCGCGGUCCACGGCAGACGCGGCGCGUACGAUGUUAUCGUGGCACUGACUGCAGCCUAUAAAUACCGGGAGGCGCGCAGCCUACCUACCAACACUGGCAUUAAUCUAAACACGGCUUGAACUGCGAGGAAAGGCACUUACAUUAGGAUCCUACUACUGGGAUAAACGCCUCAAGUGAAACGGAAUAUAAACCGCUCGAGUUCUAGUCUAGUGUCGCUCGCCUGUGCGACGCACAGCACCAAUAAUAUGGUGAUCAAGGUUUACAUCGCCUCCUCCUCGGGAUCUGUGGCGGUGAAGAAGCGUCAGCAAGCUGUGGUGGGGUUCCUGGAGGCCAACCGGAUCUCCUUCCAGGAAGUAGACAUCACCAAUGUGGAGGAGAGAAGGCUGUGGAUGUACCAACACAUCUCCCCGGAGAAACACCCAGACAAGGGCAACCCGCUUCCCCCACAAAUCUUCAACGGAGACUGCUACUGUGGGGACUAUGAGGACUUCUUCCAGUCCAAGGAGAACAACACUGUGUUUACAUUCCUAGGCCUCAGCUCACCGCCCUCAGUAAAGGAUUCCGAGUCGUAGGCAGUAGCGUGGGGAGUCGGAGGUCGCAGAGCACAUCACUUCCUGUAUUACAUCACUUCACCUCUCCCGGAGAUCUCACCAUAAUGACGCCCGCCACCGUGUUGCCAAACACUCUGACCUCUCUGACCUCUCUGACCCCGCCCCCCAACCACCCUGAAAAAAACACCUCACCCUCCUCCCCCACCUACAGCCAUCUAACCUGACACAGGAGGAGGGGAGGAGCUUCAGACCAAUAGAAGGAGCUUCAGACCAUGAGAGGCGGGGCUUCACCCCAAAAACAAUGGACAAUGAUUUACAUUUUUUUUUAUUUUUUUAUUUUGUACAACUGCUGGUAAUCAUGACGAUCUAGUCAGUGGUUCCUGUUUGUGUUAGCGGUAAAUAAUUACUAGUUAUCUUUUACUGCUAUGUAUUCUUUGGUCCGUUGUUCAGAACAAUUCUGUUCCACCAAUAGCAGCAUGUAGUAGCUCUCCUGUCAGAGUAGCCAGGUUCUGUACGCAGUCAGACAGUUAAACCUGACGUCGUAACUGGAAACACUGAAGUUGGACUUGUGGUUAAAAUCGAGGCGUGAAAUGGAGUCCACUACAGCUGUAUUUAGACUUUUGAAUAUUUUCGAUUUAAAAAUCGCAAAUCUAAAUAAACGUUCUAUCAACAUUGACCAUAUUAUUUUUUUUUGUGAAAUCUAAUUUGGAUUCUGAUUUUGGGCAUAUUAAGUUUUAUAUGUCAGAACUAUUUCUAAAAAGUGUAUUUUGAGUUUAAAUCACUUGCGCUGCUCACGUAUCAGCUUCCACAAUGUAGGGGGAGGUUUUAAGGGUUAUGGUAGGUGGAGAUGGACUGAGAGAUCAGCCAAUUAAAACCAGCGGUUGUUUUCCCCGAUCCUGCCAUAGGCCAUGUUCGAGAGAACCAAAACAGUAAUGCCUCAUGGGUAAAUUGUGACUGACUGAUCUACAAAUAAUAAUUCCAUAAUGAAUACUUAUUCAUGGUGGAAGAUGAUUUGUAGAUCAGGCAGUCAGUCGGCAGUCGCCUGUAGCGUCCAACAGUCCAUAUAGACUCAUUCAAGUCCCGUUCUGAAUCGCUGUGAAACCAGGUGUCUUGACAUACGAGGGACCGGCUGGUGGGAUUGUAAUGAGACCAAUGAAGGCUGUGUUAAGUAAUGGAAGAGGAGACCAACUGGGAACUGGUGUGUUUUUAAUUACUCCUUCCUCUCUUCUCUCUUUCUCUCCCCUCUCCUCAUUCCCUCUCCCCUCUUCCCCGUCUCCUCAUUCCCUCUCCCCUCUUCCCCCUCUUUUAUUAAAUGAUCAUGGAUGGGUGAAUCAUUGUGUAUUGUUUACACAUGGCAGGCUUACAGUCUGCCCCUACACACAGUCUCGUGUUUCCUCACUGACUCAGAGACCCAUUCCUAGUGACUGUAGCGCCAUCUUGUGUUUUGUUCUGUCACUGUUAACCUGAUCGAAAAACAACAUUCCUUUUGAUACAUGCCAUUUAUUUAUAUGUACUCAUACAUAGUAGAAUCAACACCUGUUUUUAAUAUGAGAACUCUGUCUGUGACAAUCACUACGGCCUGGUUUCCCGGACCCAGAUUAAGACAAUAGACCUGAGAUUCUCAAGGGGCGGAGGGGUAGCCUAGUGGUUAGAGGAGGCAGGUAGCCUAGUGGUUAGAGGAGGCAGGUAGCCUAGUGGUUAGAGGAGGCAGGUAGCCUAGCGGUUAGCGGAGGCAGGUAGCCUAGCGGUUAGCGGAGGCAGGUAGCCUAGCGGUUAGCGGAGGCAGGUAGCCUAGCGGUUAGCGGAGGCAGGUAGCCUAGCGGUUAGCGGAGGCAGGUAGCCUAGUGGUUAGAGCGUUGGACCAGCCAGCCCUCCGAAAGGUUGCAAGUUCGAAUCCUCGAACUGACAAGGUACAGAUCUGUCGUUCUGCCCCUGAACAGGCAGUGUAACCCACUGUUCCUAGGCCGUCAUUGAAAAUAAGAAUUUGUUCUUAAACUGACUGGCCUAGUUAAAUAAAGGUAUACCUUUUUUUAUUUUUUUUUACAAAAUUCUCCAUAGAUUUUUUUUUUCCAGGGACUAGACUUAAUCUGGAUCUGGGAAUCUGUCCCUAUAAAUGAUUUUAGUUGUCUGUCCUCUGUGUGUUUUGGCUUUGGCCGUGUUCAAGAGCAUCACAACCGCAAUGUAUCAUGGGUAAAUUGUGACUGACAAACAUGUCCUUUUUGACCUGGCUAACUAAAACUGUCAUUGAUGAUUCGACACCAGUGUUUUCCCAACUCCCGGUCCUCCUGUACCCCCAACAGUACACAUUUUUUAUUGUAGUCCCGAAACAAGCACACCUGAUUUCAACUAAUCAUCAAACCUUCAAUGACUUGAAUUAGAAGUGUUUAUCCAGGGCUACAAUAGAGAUGUGUGUUGUUGAGGGGAUACAGGAGGACCCGGAGUUGAGAACCAAUGCUCUACACGAUGUUGAGAAAACAAAAUAAACCUUUUCUUGUUACAAUGACGUUGUUGUAUGUUGAUAGACCAUCUGUAGAUGCUUCCCCCCAGACUAUAAAAAUAAAAUAUUACUGUAGAUCCCUCAAACUCAA